ACUCACCUUCUGUUCGCUAAGGCAGGUAAAGUAUCUUUAGUUUGCGCGGAGCUCACAUCGCAUCGGCUUUCAGUAUGGGCAGCAUUCUUCCAUCUUCACAUUCACCCCCACCACCACCACCUCCUCCGCAUUCGCCCCCUCUUCCGGCUACAGUGCUCUUCAGCCAGCCGGUAAGCGAGCUUCCCGAACGUCUACCAUCAGUGCAGGAGAUUGAGGACUCUCCACAUGUACUCAAAAAGCUGUGGUCGGAACGUGUUGUGCGUGUGGGACAACACUACGUUGCCAAGUAUGGAGAAAUUACGAGACCAAUAGAAGGCGAAAACAUGAUCUUUGCUCGAGAGCAUCUGAAAAGUGUCGUGCCACGGCUCUUUGCCAUUUACCAAAGACCUCGGCGGAGGAAGCGGGAGCCGGCCAUUACAUACCUAAUCAUGGAAUACAUCGACGGCCCUCCUCUCUCAGAGGUAUGGGACACGAUGGGAGAGCCCGAAAGAAUCAGGGUUGUCGACUCUUUACACGGUACUCUCCAGAUUAUACGCAAUAUACCACCCCCUGACUACUUCGGCGGCCUCGGGAUGGCCAAGUUCAACGAUGAUAUUUUUUCUGAUGAAGACGACCCUCCUGAAGCGGGAUAUGGACCAUUCAAGACGGAAAGCGAGCUAAUUAAUGCACUCGUUUCACGAUAUAGAUCCAAGGCUGGAGACAGGCUUCGCCACGCAGCUGACUACUAUCAGCGCGUCCUACCUCAUGUUUUACAGGGGAGCGGUAAGCCGGUGUUUACACAUGGUGAUCUGCAGCCCAAAAACAUUAUGAUUGGUACUAGGGGUAAGGUUAUGAUCAUUGACUGGGAAGCAUCAGGAUGGUAUCCUAUAUGGUGGGAAUAUGCCACCACAAUGGAUGCAAGUAAUUUGAAAGAUGACUGGCAUAACUACGUCCCAAGAUGUAUGAGCGAGUUUCCUAACCACUUCGCAUGGUUUAAUAUGCUAUAUCGCGAAAUGUGGUUCUAGAAAUAUAACCCGGAAAUUUGAGACCCCAUUUCAUCUUACGAUCAUCUUUCAUGCAUCUACGAUAUGGACGCUUCCAAUUACCUCAUUGAUAGGUAUAUUAUAGAUUGGCGAUACCAAUUUCACUAGUGCCGAUUGUAACACUGACAAAAUUAGAGAGUCAAGUGCAAUAAUCGUAUAAAAGAAGACAAGUUGCAGUAGUGCACUCUAUUAUCUUCUAGCAGCUACUUUAUACAACGAAUAAAACAGUUAUCGACUUCUUACUGUUGGAAUCUCACUGUAUUUAGAUACCACAGGUAUCCUAGGCCUAACGUGAAGCUCUCAAAACGAUCUCGAC